AUGAGCGCGGGCUCGGAGCGCCGGGCGGCGGCGCCCCGCGCCUCCAAGGUGGAGCUGCGUCUCAGCUGCCGGCACCUGCUGGACCGCGACCCGCUCACCAAGUCCGACCCCAGCGUGGUGCUGCGGCUGCGGUCCCAGAGCCAGUGGGUGCAGGUGGACAGAACUGAGGUGGUCAGGAGCAGCCUGCACCCCGUGUUCUCCAAGGUCUUCACGCUCGACUACUACUUUGAGGAGGUACAGAAGCUGCGCUUUGAGGUCUAUGACACGCACGGACCCAGCAGUCUUGGCUGUCAGGACGAUGACUUCCUUGGAGGCAUGGAGUGCACCUUGGGGCAGAUCGUCGCGCAGAAGAAGAUGACCCGCGCUCUGCUGCUCAAGUUCGGCAGGAACGCCGGCAAGUCCACCAUCACGGUGAUCGCUGAGGACAUCUCCGGGAACAAUGGCUACGUGGAGCUCUCCUUCAGGGCCCGGAAGCUGGAUGACAAGGACCUCUUCAGCAAGUCGGACCCCUUCCUGGAGCUCUACCGGGUCAAUGAUGAUCAGAGCGAGCAGCUGGUGUACCGGACAGAGGUGGUGAAGAACAACCUCAGCCCCGUGUGGGAGCCUUUCAAGGUGUCCCUGAGCAAUCUGUGCAGCUGUGAGGAGACACGGCCUCUGAAGUGCCUCAUCUGGGAUUAUGACUCCCGCGGAAAGCACGACUUCAUCGGGGAAUUCUCCACCACCUUUGAGGAGAUGCAGAAAGCUUUCGGGGAGGACCAGGCCCAGUGGGACUGCGUGAAUGCCAAAUACAAGCAGAAGAAGCGUCAUUACAAGAACUCUGGGGUGGUCAUCCUGGCAGACCUGAAGUUCUACAGGGUUCACUCGUUCCUGGACUACAUCAUGGGUGGCUGUCAGAUCCACUUCACGGUGGCCAUCGACUUCACGGCCUCCAAUGGUGACCCCCGGAACAGCUGCUCUCUGCACUAUAUCAACCCCUUCCAGCCCAACGAGUACCUGCAGGCUCUGGUGGCCGUGGGGGAGAUCUGCCAGGACUAUGACAGUGACAAGAGGUUUUCUGCUUUGGGGUUUGGAGCCCGAAUCCCUCCCAAGUAUGAGGUGUCCCAUGACUUUGCCAUCAACUUCAACCCUGAGGACGAUGAGUGUGAAGGAAUCCAGGGUGUGGUGGAGGCCUACCAGAACUGCCUGCCCAGGGUCCAGCUCUACGGUCCCACCAACGUGGCCCCCAUCAUUUCCAAGGUGGCCCGCAUGGCCGCGGCCGAGGAACACACUGGGGAGGCCUCCCAAUACUACAUUCUGCUGGUCCUGACCGAUGGUGUGGUGACCGACAUGGCUGAAACACGGGAGGCCAUCGUGCGUGCCUCCCACCUGCCCAUGUCCAUCAUCAUCGUGGGGGUGGGCAACGCCGACUUCACGGAUAUGCAGACCCUGGACAGGGACGACGGCAUCCUGCGCUCCCCGCGGGGCGAGCCAGCUCUCCGAGACAUUGUGCAGUUCGUGCCCUUCCGGGAGCUCAAGAGCGCGUCCCCGGCAGCGCUGGCCAAGUGCGUGCUGGCCGAGGUGCCCAGGCAGCUGGUGGAGUACUACAGCUACAAGGAGCUGCCCCCGAGAGGCGACAGCACCCACGCCCGAGAGGCCGGCCCCCCCGAGAGGGCCGGGCAGCCGGGAGUGCGGCCAGUCUCUGUCUCCAGCACCCUCGAGGUCCCUUAG